CAUGGCGUUGCUGGAGGUGUGCGGAGUCCCGCGAGGGCGGCAGGACCACCGGCGGUUCCUAGACGCGGGAAGCGAGCUUCACUCGGACCCUGGACACUACAUGUUCUCCUUGCGAUCUCCAGAGUUCGCCCUCCCCCGAGGAAUGCAGCCCACCGAAUUCUUCCAGACCGUGGGUAGGAAUGGAGAACGCGAUGUGCGGAUUGAGAUGGCCCAUGGAACCACCACGCUGGCCUUCAAGUUCCAGCAUGGGGUGAUUGUGGCUGUGGAUUCCCGGGCCACAGCUGGGAAUUACGUUAGUUGCUUCAUGGUGAACAAGGUGAUCGAGAUUAACUCUUACCUGCUUGGGACCAUGUCUGGCAGUGCGGCAGAUUGUCAGUACUGGGAGCGUCUGUUGGCCAAGGAGUGCAGGCUGUACUAUCUGCGGAAUGGGGAGCGGAUUUCAGUAUCAGCAGCCUCCAAACUUCUCUCCAACAUGAUGUGUCAGUAUCGGGGCAUGGGCCUCUGCAUGGGCAGUAUGAUCUGUGGCUGGGACAAGAAGGGUCCUGGACUCUACUAUGUAGAUGAAAAUGGGACCCGGCUCUCAGGAAAUAUGUUCUCCACGGGUAGUGGCAGAACCUUUGCCUACGGGGUCAUGGACAGUGGCUAUCGGCCAGAUCUCAGCCCCGAAGAAGCCUAUGACUUGGGCCGCAGGGCUAUUGUUCACGCCACCCACCGAGACAACUAUUCUGGAGGAGUUGUCAAUAUGUACCACAUGAAGGGAGAUGGCUGGGUGAAAGUGGAAAGCACGGAUGUCAGUGACCUGAUGCACCAGUACCGGGACGCCCUUCAGUAACGGUGGUGGCUGCCAGUAACCUCUUCGGGGAAAGCCUGGUCAACUCAGGGACCUAGGACAGCUUAUUUUCCAGAAGAGGGGCCUCACCUGAGCCCAGAGAUGGAGGCCCAGCUGCCAGACAGGGUGGGAGGAGUUUAUCAUUUUGUGUGUCCUCUAUUUCCAGGAAGACCUCCCUUCACCUUCU